GCAGGUCUCGGUGCUGUAUUUCGCCAGGAGCGCGGAGCUGGCGGGGCUGCGCUCUGAGACCCUCUCGGUGCCACGGGAGAUCACCUCUCUGCAGCUCUGGGAGGAGAUCGUCAAGGUCCACCCCAGGCUUGCUGUCAUCCGGGAUCAAGUGGUAUUUGCUGUUCGGCAGGAGUACGUGCUUCUUGGAGAUCAGCUGCUGGUCCUGCAGCCUGGAGACGAGGUUGCCAUCAUCCCACCAAUUAGUGGAGGCUGAACCUGCCCUGGUUCUAUUAGUGCGAUAUGGAAGAAAGUGAAGAUGUGCCAAAAGAUUUUAUCAAGCUCAAGUUUGAAAAGCUGUCUGUAGAUGAAGUGUCAGAGCUGGUUGUUUCACCAUACUGUGGGGCAGUGUCUCUGUUCAUUGGUACUACAAGAAAUAAUUUUGAAGGAAAAAAAGUGAUUCGCUUAGAAUAUGAAGCAUAUACUUCAAUGGCAGAGACUGAAAUAAAGAAAAUCUGCAGAGAUGUUAGACAGAAAUGGCCUUCAGUCAAACAUAUUGCAGUGCACCAUAGACUUGGUGUGGUUCCAAUAACUGAAGCAAGUGUAAUUAUUGCAGCCUCCUCUCCACACAGAGCAGAAUCCCUUGAAGCUGUAAUGUACUGCAUCAAUACCUUAAAAGCAUCUGUCCCAAUAUGGAAAAAGGAGAUUUAUGAGGAUGAAUAUUCUUGGAAAGAAAACAAGGAAUGCUUUUGGGCAAAUUCAGAAAAAUAAUUGUACUCUUUUGAAAAUAAAGUGUUACUCUUCCUAAUGAAGUUUGAGUUUUUACAGAGAAUCUCUAUGUUUCUAAACAGUUCUAAUAGAUGUUUCAAUCUCAAUAAUUUAGUUUGGACUGAGUGAGAUUAUGGAGGAUUAAUGAGGGGUUUUAGGUAUUCCUGACUCUCCUUUGGAGUUGCCUGUUUGUGCAUUUUAACGUGGAGUCAGUUUUUAAAAGAAUCCUCCCCAAAAUUCUUUGUUGCAAGGUGUUUAGACUACUCUGUGAUGAAUACUACUUUAAUGCUUUUACCUUGGUAGUCUGUGUUCUCUGACUGUAUGGAAGGUCACCACAGGACAAUUGCAUUUUUUUAAUCUUAAAGUUCAGAGAGAUUUAAUUUUCUAUGACUGAAGACUUAGGUUUGCAAGCUUUAUGCUAUUCUGACAUUCUUGUAACAUGAAAGCUAUUUGAAGUAGAUGAACUGUUUUAGUACAGACAGAGAAGAAAAUACGAACUAUACCCCAGAGUUAUUAACCUUUUAGUAGUGCUUAUAUUCCAGUAGCUUUGUCUUACAGAAAGGUUUUUACUGUGCAGCUGAUAUUACCAGGCCAUUGCAUUAAGAAAUAUGGAUAGAGAUUGAUUUAAAGUUAAAGAUAUUACUCUACCAACAAAAAAAUUGCCAUAGCAAUAACACACCAACCUGUAACUACUUAAUGAUGUCUAGACAAAAUUUUGAAGGUGACUUUUUGGUUGUGUAGUUGUGUGGUACUGGAGGAAAAAAACUCCAAACCAGUUAUUAUUACAAAUACACAACUAUAGUGUAAUUAGUUGCAGUAAUUUGACUUCAUAUGUGUAGGGAUUAAAAAACAUUAAAUGAAAUAGUUUUUCAAAGAAAAGGGAGUUUAUUGAACUUCAUAUAUGCAUUAUUGGAAUUCAUAUAUGCAUUUAUAUUCACAUUCAAGCUUUAAUCUUACUACUGUUUUUCUCUUGUUACUGUUUUGAAAACCAGUUAAAUGAACUGACAUAAUAUGCCUGGAAAUAACGUUA